AUGCAGACAUUUUUAAAGACUUUAGGGUUAAAAGAGUCUACUGUAAGAUGCUGGGUGGCAUCUUCUGAGCAUGGGAUAGCAAAAACUAUUACUAAUGACAUCAAUGAAGAACGAACUAUCAAGAAAGAUGACGUGGCUUUUCUCAAACAAUUUUUUGCUUCGUUGCCUAAAAUGCCAUCGCAUUAUUGCAGAGCGAGUACAUCAAAACAAUACUUAGAGCCGAUUAUUGAUGACAAAACCGCGUUGUACAGAUUGUAUACCAUAGAGUGUGAAAAAACUGAAAGAGCUCCUCUCAGCCGCUGGACCCUUUGCAAAGUAUUUGAUGAGCUAAACCUGAGCCUGUUUACACCAAAAAAGGAUCAAUGCGACACUUGCUGCUCACACAAAGUGGGAAAUAUAACGGAUGAUAAAUAUAACGCUCAUAUACGCUUAAAGGACAUGGCCAGAAAUAAAAAAUUAAGGGAUAAAGAUAGAGCUCAACAAUUCGGUGAUAUACAUAUUUUUACGCAUGACCUACAAGCUGUCAAGUUGUGUCCUCAGUUACAGGCCAGUGCUCUUUAUUACAAAACUAAACUCUGCGUAAAUAAUUUCACAAUGUAUAAUCUAGAAACCAAAGAUGUCUACUGCUACUGGUUCGAUGAAACAAACGCUGGUCUAACAGCUUCUGUAUUUAUUUCAUGUAUCAUACACAUACUGAGAACUUUAGAGCAAAAAUGUGUUCCUAUUAUCCUUUUUUCUGAUGGUUGUACGCCACAGAAUAGGAAUAUUUUCCUUAGUAAUGCACUUUUGCAAUUAACAAUAGAAAAAAAUGUCAUAAUCGAACAAAAGUUUUUGGAAAAGGGACAUACGCAGAUGGAGUGUGACGCAGUGCACAGUUCCAUCGAGCAGAAAACCAAAAAUAAGGAGAUCUUCCUGCCCUCUCAAUAUGGAGUACUCUCCAAGGAAGCUAGACCUAAACAGCCUUAUAUAGUUGAGUAUUUGAGUUACGAGUUUUUUGAGGACUACACUCAAAAGAAUACAUUUGUUUAUGACUCUAUACGGCCAGGUCGAACAACCAACGAUCCUACUGUCACAGACUUAAGAGUGUUACAAUAUAACGCUAAUGGAAUAAUUAAGUACAAAUUAAGCUUUGAUGCAGAAUAUCAAGAGUUGCCUUGCGGCAGAACUCUACUUGAUGAUCCCUGA